AUGAAUAUGCUAAAUCCAAACUGUUUAAUGAGCAUGACUUUCAAUCUUAAUGAGUUAUCUACUCAUAUAGCAGAAUAAAUAAAAAACUAAAGUGAGUAGAUUCAAGUAAUAUACACAGAAAAGUAAAAAACUUUUGAAAUAUUACAAAAACAACUAGAGAAGAUGAAUCAACUAAUUUCUAAAAUGUGUAACAAAUAACCUCCUCAAAGAAUUGAUGAGAUACAAAUUCUCAAGAAUCAGUAAUAUAAAUAUGAGCUUUAAAUGGAAGAAGAAUUAGAGCUUCCAUGUUAUAGAAACAGAAUCUUUCAAAUCAAACUAAGGCUUGUUUAGAAUGAAAAAACAAUAAUCAAUGUAAAUAAACCUCCUUGUAGAAUUGCAAAUGUAAGUAUAGCAAGUAAUAUUAGUUGGACUUAUGACAAGAUUCCUAAAAAACUCACUCACAAUAACAAAAACCAAUCAAUCUUCAAAGGGUGUUAAUAAACGAUUAUAAAAAAAGGUUAUGGCAGCUUGAGCCGGAUUUAGAUUAAGGAAGUUUCCUCCCAUUUUCCAAAAGGAUCAUUUCUAAUGAUUAUAUUACCAAUAGACGACGGCGCUAUUAUUGGGGAUGAGAGUAAAUUUUUAAUCAAAAAAGAAUGGAUUAAGCCAUUGAUUAUAAAUGAUGUUGCUAUUAAGGCAAAAAAGUUUUCUGAUCGACACAACCCUUAUUAUGUAAAAUCAGAUGGAACAAUAAACAUUUUGGAAUAGGAAUGA